AUGCUCCAGCAGCGACCGGCAGGGUCUACUCAACAACGCGUUUCAAUUGAUUCGAUUCGAACAGCAGCUGGCGCAGCCUACUCGUCGGCAUCAACUGUAGGCGAACCUCUUUUAUCAAGUACUCUCGGGGGCCGACUCUACCGGUGGGUCGCAAAAUCGACGGAUACUUCGCAGAUUAACGGCGACUGGUGGAUUGCUUGGUCAGCGACUUCUAUCAAAAUCGACGACUCGUUCUAUUAUCGACGGAUCAGCGGGGUCGGUGCUUUACACCGACAGAUCAACAGCAACAGCCGUUCUACGGCCUUUUACUUCAACUGUAUCUAA